AAAAUAUGAAGCAGGUGUAUCAGUUGGACUGGGAAUUGGGAUAUAAAUGCUUUCAUGUUGACAAGAACUUCUUAUGAAUAUUAUGAUUAAAUUAAAAACUUUAUUGAAACAAUAAAUUUUAGACACAAAAGAGAAAAAUAUUAAAUAAAACUAAUCUAAAUUUUCAAAUUUAUAUUUUAUAUUUAAAAGCAAUAAUGGCAAUAUUUGGAGCACAGUUGGUUAUUACCUUAAUAGUUGCUAGUAUUAUACAGAAGUUACAUUCACAUUUUUCAUUCGCUAAGUGGAUAUUAUGUUCAACUGGUCUAAGGAGAUAUUUACAUCCUACGGACGAUCAGUUAAAGAGUCUUGCUAAUGUACCAAAAGAGAAAGGUAAAUUUACCAGGGAUAAGCAAAAUAAAAGCUUUCAUGUUCCUAGAAAUCUAGAUAUAUGCUUAGAAAGUUCUAAAAUUACACCAUUAGAUGUGGUUCAUUUAAGAUAUUUUACAGAAUAUCAAUGGCUAAUAGAUUUCAGCAUAUAUGCGGGAAUAGUUUACAUAAUAUCAGAAGUUUACCAAUUUAACUUUCCUUUACAUAAUGAAACAAAUUUGAGCAUGGUAUGGUGCCUUCUUGUAAUAUUUUUUUCUCUAAAACUUUUAGGAAGCUUAACUGUGUUGUAUUUUCAAAAUGAUGAAUCAAUGGGUGAAAGAUCUAUGUGCAUUGUAGCAUGUUUCUUUUACAUGUUAGUAGCAAUGAUCGUAUUAAUAAUAGACGAAAACGUUUUAGAAACUGGUUUGGAAACGGCAUAUAGAAGUUUUAACGAAAGCGCUUCUGAGUUUUUAAUACAACAAGGACUUUCAUCCACAGGUCCAGCUUCGGCAUUGGUUCUAAAAUUUUUUAUAGCAUUUGGUUGUGGUUUAUUAGGUUCAUUUUUCACUUUUCCCGGCCUUCGUAUGGCAAGAAUGCAUUGGGACUCCUUAAGGUACUGUGCAGAUAAUAAAAUGCUUCAACUACUUUUGAAUAUAAGUUUAAUUUUACCUCUUGUUAUGGUGAUAUUAUGGAUACGACCAAUUAGUCGAGACUACUUAACGGUGAGAAUAUUUUCUGGAAUGGAUAAGCCAUUAAUGACAUCGGAAAGCUUUGAAACGAUGAGAAUCUUUAUUGUUAUUUUAAUGGUAAUUUUGAGGAUGUCUUUAAUGCCAGUAUAUCUCCAAGCGUAUUUAAAUUUAGCACAAGACCGUGUAGAAGAUUUAAAAAAAGAAGCUGGUCGAAUAACAAAUGUAAAUUUACAAAGAACGGUCUCCUCAAUAUUUUUCUAUCUCUGCGUUGUGACGUUACAAUUUGCAGCACCGUUGAUUUUCUGCUUGUACCUCACUUUCAUGUAUAAAAAUUUAGGCGGAUUAAGUUGGACUGGAUUUCUUAGCAAAAAUGUUACUAUAAAUACUUAUGAUGUAGCUGAAGGAAUGUGUGAUGCAGCUGGAACUGGUGAAUCCAUUAACUCGGUUAUAGAAGAAAGCAUCUUGGACAAUAACUAUAAUGAAUUGAAUAUUAUAGAACCUGCACAUUACUUACAAGAAUCUUGGCAUAGUUUAAAAAGAGUAUUUUCUACUACAGUCUGGAGAGGUUUUCUUGGUUUUGCAACAUGGUGGAGUUACUUCACGCUCUUCGCAACUUCUUCGAUUGGCAUGUUAUAUCAGUCAUAUUUUAAUAAAACGUAACACAAAUAAUUAAGUUUCAAAUACAAGAACUGAGUUUGUUAUUUAUUUUUUUAAGAAAAAAUUCAUUUUUUAGGAAAAAUAUUUAGAAUAAAGUUUUUCAAAUGUAAAGUCAAAUAGAGCGUACAUAAAUACAUAUCUUAUGUACGUUUAUUACAGUUUUAUCGAAUAAUGUAAAUUAAAAUUUCGUUUGUUAAGUCCAUAAAUUGUUUUAAAUAAAUCUUAUA